UCAGAGGGUAGGGUCCCAAAACCCCCUAAGCCUCCAGAUAAGCCUCUUAUGCCCUACAUGCGCUACAGCAGAAAGGUAAUAGGAAAGGUUUGUCCACUGAACUUUUUUUACAUCAUUGCCAUUCUGUUGUUUGUGUUGGUUGUAGUUGCAUCCAAUGAAACAAAAAAAUCAGUGCUGGACUUGUAAAUACUUAAAUUUGUUUAGUGAUAUGAUUGACACUUUAUGAUAACGAAUUUAAAUUUGCAUGGAUUGUUUGAUCUCACAUUUGCCUGACGUGUUUUGUUAUGCAUGAAAAAUAAUUAAUUGAAAAGUAAAUAUUUGAAAUGGAAAAAAAAUAAGUUUGAAGUAACCCAUUACAAAACAUAAGUGAAUAAAACAGUUUUUAAAAAAAUCAGCACUGAAUUUUUUUUCCUUAGUGAACGAGAGAUGUGAAGACAUGGGCUUAUGAAUAAUGAUGAAAAUUAAUUCGUAUUGACUUCAUUUUCAACAAAUUAAUUAUUAAUAUAUUAAAAAAAUGUACUUCAGACGUCAUUUUGCCCAUUUCUUUACUUCUCCUUGUGCAUUUUCACAUACAAUAUGUUCUUUAAAAAGAAAAGUAAAAAACCUUUGUACAUCUGUUUCAUAUUGUGGCUUGAAGGUGCAUGAAGUUUCCAAAACAAAUGUUUUAAAAAUAUUAAAAUUUUAAAGACCAUGGGGAAAAGAUCAACCCUUCUUGUUUUCAUAUAAACUUUUAUUACAUAAUAAGUAACCCAUGAAAGUCAUGUUAAAAAAGUUAACAGGUUCUACUUCAUAGUGUCCCUCUUAUUUAUAUUAUGUUUUGUGUGUGUGAUUUUAGUAGAGAAACAGAUUAACCUAUUUUGGUAGAUUUGUGAAUGUUAACAUUUAAUUUAAAAAAGUCAAUGUACUGCUUCGGAAUAACUGUCUUACAACGGUAAACACAUGCUACUAACUAACCCCUUUACUUACAUAGUAAAUCUAUUGUUGCAUCCUCCUUGAACAUUGGAACAGAUCAACUGAUACAGUUUAAGACCACAAUCAUCUAAAUUAUCCUAUUUUAUAUGGGAUUUUAUUAUUUCUAAGAAAUAAGAUAAUGAGGUUCUUAAUUUUUAGUUGCAAAAUAAAUGCAUAGAUUUAAUGAGCAUUUAGUACCAAAAACUGAAUCCAAAUAAAAAUUUCUUAAGUUUUCAAGGAGGUUCAUCAUUAACUAAAAUCUUACUUAGACCAUUGUGUCAUUAAACAUAAAAUUAACAACUGCUUUUAAAUGGAACUAUGUAUAGAUUUACUGGCAGUAGUAAUUGUUUCAUGUUUAUGUUGUUUACUAACUUUUUAAAAGUUUUACAAUGUUUUUCCAUUUCUGUUAUUUAUGUCUACCCAAAGAAGCUAAUUGCUAUUGUCAGGUACAAUGAAUUUUCUUACAAAUUUUCUCUUUUGAGUAAUACCUUAUUAAAUGAUCUUUAGUUAUUCGAUUUCUUUUAGUAAACCAAGCAAUUUUUAGUACAUUUUUAAAAGAGAACUUGACUAUGUAACAUGAUUAUUUGUCGAAAAUAUUUCACAUGGCUUAAUCUUUUUGGAAAUCAUUGAACUAAUCUAAUUCAUCAUUACAAUUAACGUUUUGGUCAUGUAAAGAUUUUCUUAAUUAUUUAUAGGAUAAUUUUUAAAUUUAUAAUUAGUAUUAUAGUGUUUUUUAUAUAGCUGUUUUGACAUUUAAAGUAUCUAAGCUCACUUUUCAUUUUCAUAUAUGAACUUUGUCUAGUUGCUUCAGUGUGUAAAUGGUAGUUUCUUACAUUUGGAUUCAUUUUUAUCCUAGUUUUGAAAUUGUAUGUAAUGGAAUUCAUGAUAUUUAUCCUGCCCUUCAACAUAGUCCCAAUUGGUUUAGUGAAUUCUCUCUAACAGUUUUUCAAUUUAUUCAGUCAGAUGCACAUGCUAAAACUCGAUAAACUUUUGUGUGGCUUGUAAAAACUAUAUUCUUUCUACAAUAUAAGUCAUUGGUUAUAGCAGUCCUGUGUGCUAAUAUUUCAUCUAUCUUUGCAUAGCAGUUAAUUUAGAAUUAAAUACCUAAUACUUUGCUAUUUUCUAUUUAUUUUUUUUGAAGAGUCAGCUUUUAGUUAUUUUAAUUUAUAAAUCUUUAAGUUGACCCCCCACCCAUCCCUUAGGGUGAGUAAAAAAUACUGCACUGGUGAGCCUGGAGUAUAUUUUUGACUUAUUCAAUGUAUUAAAGUAAUAAUGGCCAUAAAAUAGUUCAGGAAUUUUUCGUACAGUUAUCCUGAGUCAUUUGAUUUGCACAAUGUUGACUUUAAUGUCAUAAUAGUAACAGAUGUACUAAAAAGGUUGAUUAGACAUGUUGUAUGUGAAGCAACUAUCAAACUACAUGGAUAAAACAAUGGCAGUGCAGUGGAAUUUAUUUUUUCAGUGGGCAGACCAUUGACCAAUUUGUGGUAUUUUUCAAGUUGGCUUUUUAGGUGAAAAUAUGUGUAUGUCACACCAUUUUAUUUAUGUCCAUCUGUGAUCACAGUUAUGAAGACAUCACUGUUAGUUUCAUCCAGGUGGUUCUCACUGUUGCAUUGUCAUUAGCAUUUGUUUUUGUUAUACAGAAUACAAUUUUAUAUAUUGAAAAUCCAAUACCUAGAUACUCAAAAAAGUGAACUUUUAGUUAAUUUGUUCUUUAUCUAUUAUUAUAGUACUGGUAAGUGAAGUUCAAUUGCAGCUACCCUAGCACUGAGCUAUAUAUUUAAAAGUAGAUGAUGCCAUAAUUCAUUUUAGCUGUUCAAACCCUCCCAGUUAUGGUUUUUUUUUUUAAGUUUAAUUUUAACAAUAAUUCUUUAACCCUGUUAACCCACAACCAACAGAACCACAGAUCAAGUGUCAUGGUGUUUCUAAUUAUAUCCAUCUAUGUUGCAUGCUUGUUGAAAUUAUUUAAGUUAUAAUUACUUUACUUGACCGUUGUCAGAUGAUUUUGCGAAGCUUUGUUGAUAGAAUUGUUGAGAAUAUAGAAUGUUUAGUGAAUGGUACAAUUAGCAAAACCUGAUUAAUUAUUUGAAUUAAUUAAUAGAUAAAAAGAGAAUGAAGUCAUAAAAAUUUAUCCCGGUCAAAUUAAUUCACCUGUCUUUGUGCUAACAAAACCCAAGUUGAUCUUUGAAAUCUUUCCUUUUUUUUUAAACCCGAGUUUCUAGGUUCUAUUUUUUUCUGGAUUUGUAAUGCUUUAUGGAUCGAUAGUUCUAUGUAUAGCUUUGUGUUUGUGCGGUGUUAUUGUGCGUGUCCUUUGUGCAGGUGUGGGAGCAAGUCAAGGCUCAAAAUCCAGAUCUGAAACUAUGGGAAAUUGGAAAGAUCAUUGGUCAAAUGUGGCGAGACUUGUCAGACCACGACAAACAGGAGUUUCAAGAAGAAUAUGAAGUGGAAAAGGUAAAAUUGCUUUUGGUAUAUUUAAAACAUUAUUUAGAACAUUGACGCUCAAUUUAAUAUUGGAACAGAUUGAAUUUUCAUUCAAAAGUAAUUUGUUCCCUUAAGUAUAUAUUGAAAAAUACAUUUUUAAUCAUUUGAUAGGUUCAAUACACAGAAUCCUUGAAAGCCUAUCAUAAUUCUCCAGCAUAUCAAGCAUGGGUUGCUGCUAAAGGUGAGCCAGAUACUAAUGACAUUUUUAAUUUAUAUUUAUUUCAUGUGUACCUUUUCUUUAAUAAAUUUAGUUCUGAAAGCUGUCAUUGUACCUUUUUUUUUUGUGUGCUUACAGCUGAAAGGGAAGCUGUUGAUGAAGAUGAACCUGUUGCAAGACCUGAACGUCCUCCAACCUCUGCUCAAAAGCCUGUAAGGAUUAUUUUCUUAGUUCACCUGUUAAAUUAUAACCCUUAUUUAAUUUUGUUCCUGAAAUUACAACAGGCCUAACACCCCAUCACUAGUUGAGCCUAUAUAUAAUUUGAUAGUUUAAGCAAUUACAUUUCUGUUGCAUUUUACCAAGGAAGAAAUGAAGCACCACUAGGUUAAUUAGAAGUGAAGAUUAAUUAUUCAUUGACAGUGUUAAAAGGGCAUCAGUAGUUGCUUGCAUCAUCACAGGCUGAAUUGUUUCUGCAUGCUGUUGACAAGUCCUUCAAGAAAUCAUCUUUUCUACCCCCUUUUAAAGAAAAUCAGCAUCAUACUUGCAUGUCAUUUUUAGUUCAUGAAUCCUGAAUUAUAUGACUUUUUCAGAGUUCAAAACGAGAAGGGUCACAUUUAUACAAUGAAUUAUACGGUUUUCAGAGUUCAAAAGGUGAAGGAUCCCGUAUAAGUAUUCUGCCCAAUGAAGAUGACGAGGGUGAGUAGAUUUUGAUACAUAUUAUGAACCAUAAUUUUCUGAAUCUAUUGCCUCAUUUCCAGAGAGCAAGUUUUUGGGACUAUCUGUUUAAUCCUUUAUUAGAUGAAUGCAUGAAUUACAUUGUUCAGAUUUAUCUAUGACAAUAACUCGAGACAAAUAAAACUGUUACAUUGUUUCUAUAAAUUGAUCUGUUUAAUUUUAGAUCACUUUUAUACAUAAGAAGAAACAUUUUUGAUAAGGAUUAAUAUGUAUAUGAUAAUUGUGUUAGCUAUGUAUGUUGAAUAAGUUUUUUCAUAAGUUUUUUUUGUAUUCCUUUUUUUUCUGCUUUUAACUGAAAAUCUUUCAAUUCUGUAAGACUUCAAAAGUCUUUUAUGGCAGCUUGUGAGUUAAAAACUUUUGCAGAAGAAUUUUUUAAAAUCCUGUUUUUCCCUAGGUUUAUUUUGUUCUAAAUACCCUUAUUUAUACUGGGUACAUAUUGUAUUGAACACUGCUUGACCAUUCUGAAAAUGUUCUUUGGGUACAUAUUAAAAUGCAUAACUAUUUACUUUCUUAAUAGAAAGCCCAACAUUUAGAAGAAAGUGAAAAAGAAAGAAGCUCUGCAUUCACUAAGGGAGUUUUUUUAUUAUUUGUACAAGCAGGAAUCAACAACUUUGUGGUCUCAUAGAUGAACUACAUAAUGUACAGUAUGUGUACCUUUGUCUAAAAAAUUAUACAAUUUUACUCCACUGUUAAAGAAUUUAAACCAAAUUUUUACUUUCAAUAAUGAAGAUGUUGAGGAUGGUUUCACCACUAAGCACAUUGCGCAAGCCCGUUACCUUCGCAACCAUCGUCUCAUCAACGAAAUCUUCAGUGACACAGUUGUUCCAGAUGUUCGCAGUGUAGUGACAGAGGCGAGGAUGACGGUGCUCAAAAGGCAGGUGCAGUCUCUAACCAUGCACCAGGUUUGUUGAUUUAGUAAAUGUAGUUAUCUCCCUUUGUAACACCUUGCAUAUCAGAUUUUUAAUUGUAUUCUCAUUCUCUGUGCAGUCAUGUCUGUAAGCCUUCUAAAAGUAUUGUUAAACAUUAAUUUUCACCAUCAAUAAUAUUCAUUAUAUUUAAGGGUUUUAACUUGAAUAUUCUAGUGCAGUGUUUCCCAAAGUGGUAGUCGGUGGACCAGCACUAGUUUGCACAACAAGAAACAAGAAAGUGCAACGUUUUCACAUUUUUCAACUUUUUAUUUAAAAUGUGAGAUUGUCUUAAGCAUAAAAAUACACAUGGUUAUACUGCCUAGAAGAGCCUGCGAAGCAGAUGCUACUAACUGUUUAGAAAUUAUAACUCACGUCAUAGAAGAAAAUAAUACCCAAAUCUAAUAACGGAUAGGAAUUAAAUUGAUAUUAAUAUGGUACUAUGGAAUUGAAUGAUCGCAAAUUAAAUAAUUAUUUUAUGAAAUAUUUUAAGGUCAAUUAAAAGUAAAAAUAAUUUAGAUAUCUGGGAUCGAUCGGUGCAGUGGGAAACUUAUCUGCACUACUUAAAACUUUGGGGAGCACUUUUCUAGUUUAUGAUUUUCAAACUGGUACUGCAUUUCCCAUGUUUAUAAAUAUUUUAAGAAAAAAUUGGAAGGAGAGCUGCACCAGAUUGAGGAAAAGCAUGAACAGAAGAAAAGAAAAUUUAUGGAAUCAAGUGAAGCAUUUCAUCAAGAUUUAAAAAGGGUACAUGUUAACUAUUAUUAAAUUUUUUUGAAGUAGGCACUAAACUAUCAGAAUAUCCAGUUUUUUUUCUUUGGUAGUAUUUUUCAAUCAUAAAGUUUAUUACCUUUAAUUAAUCAUAUUGACUGCACACCUGAAAUUUAAAUUUUAAAAAACCCUGCUUUAGUUUUUUUACAUUUUUUUCCUACACUGGCCACCAGUGAAAGGGAUAUGGUUUGUAUUUAUAGGGUAUUAGUAAUGAAGUUUUUCAAGUGGAAUAACACGUUUUUAGGCUGGAUUAAUUCGAUUCUGUUAUAAUAAUUAUUGUAAUAUCUGUUCAUCUUUAUAAUAUCUACUCCAGCUGUGUGAGAAUAAGCCGCAGAUAACAGAUGAAAUGUUUAACAAUAUGGUAGCUAAAGCAGUGAAAGAAGAGAUGAGAUUGAGGAUGCAACAGAUGGCUAAUCAGCAGCAAGAUGAAGAGAGAAAGAGGCAGCACCCCCAAGGAGCAGAUGAUAUUCAGAUGGGUGUUGAGAGACAACAAGAAGUUGCUUUAGCUCCUAGUUCAACACUGGUAAAUGGAAAUCAUGAGCCGAUGGAGGUUGACAAAAAUGCAAACUUGGUAAAUACAGAACUUAUUCAGUUUCUGGCACACGUCGGUUGAAUGGCUCAUAAACGAAAGAAAUAGUUGUCCUGUUUAGAGGGGGAAUCACCCAAUUGCAGAUCUCACAAUAAAUAAUCAAAGAAUAGAACAAGAAAAGAAAUAUAAGUACCUAGAUGUCCUCAUUAAUAAUAAGCUGACAAGGCAUGAACACGGCCAAAUUCUGUAUUUAAAAAAUUCAACCAAAGACUUUUUCUUAAAAAAUUGUACAUUUUUGAUGUAAACAAACAAGUUAUCAGCUUAAUCUACAGUGCAACAAUUGGAAGACUACUAAACUUCAGUAUUACCUGCUGGUGUGGGAUUUCAUCUGACAUAAAACACAGAUUAAAUAGACUAAUCAAGAGAGCUAGUAAUAUUACACAAACUAAACAUCCUUUUAGUGAAGAACUAUUUCAAGAAAAAUGCUGUUAUAAAAUUAUUAAAAAUUUAUCCCACCUUCUUCUUCUCAGAUACGGUAGCUAAAAUCAGCUCAAUAAGGGCUAAUUCUUUCUCUUUAAGUUAGGACAGAAAGACAUACAAAUAUUAUUUUUUUUCCUGUCCGAACGAAUUUACUAGCAUCCCAGCAAUUACCUAAUCUAAAUGAUCACUUAUUGAGUCAUUAUUGUCUCUUAAAGAGUUCAUUUGUAGCUGAUUUCUAUGGUAAGGAAAUACUUCAGCUGUAGAUGUCUGUUUAAUUGUUAAAUUAUCACAUGUUGCCUUAGUUAAAAAUGUGUAAUUAUUUAUGUGAUGUAAAUGUGAAGUAUAAUUUUUUAAAAUUCCAUUUAUUUGGAUCAAUAUGGAAUCUGAUCUUUUCUUAAAUACAGAACGUAUUCAGUUUCUGGCAUGUGUUAACAUAAAUUUGUCAGACAUUUCAUUUUAAUUAUAUAUUUGAAAUUUAAGAUAUUGGUUUUUUUUGUUAUGUUAUGUUAGAUCUGAUCUGCAUUAUAGUAUAUUUCCUUUAUUACACUAGACUCCAAGUCAAAUGAUGUCCGGGAAAGAUAACCCAGUUCUCAUGGUAUGUCUUAUUGCAUUCAUAUAUUUUUCUCUGCUGUCAUGCUUUGUGGAGAUUAUUCAUUCUCACAAUUAGUAUCAUAAAUCAAUUCUGUUUGUUGCAACCAAAUUCAUGUUUGUUGCGAAUCCUAAAUUUAGCAUCUUUACUUUAUCAUCUUUGGCAAUCUUUUUUAUUUACAUUUUGCACUGUUGACAAUUCCUUUUAAACAUUAUCAAUAUGGUUAUGUUAAGUAAGGGCCGUCGAUAUAUUACUUAUGAACACACACAUAGAGAUAGAGACAUACACAUACAUACAUACAUACAUACAUAUAUGAUGUACCUAAUAUCUGGAGGAUGGACCCUAACCAUAGUUCCAUAGGAAUGUUUUUAAUUUAAAUUCUGCCUUUCACUCCUAUUUAAAGAAAUUUAGAAUACCGGUAGGUCAAAAUUUUCAGCCCUUUAAGAUUUGGAGACUACAGUUAAAAGAGUGAUGAAAGGCUGAAUAAUUUUUAUUGGUGUGCUUUUGCUAUCCAGUGUGUAUAUAUCCUAAUUGCAAUCAUUUACUAAUCUUUUUACCUGUCUUUAGAAGUGUCAGCUACGUUUUCAUUCUUCCAUAACUUUUUUUCAAAGGGUAACCAUAAGCUUAGUCAUUAGAUAUUGAAUGUGCUGUGUGAACUUCAAUUCAUAUGUGGGGCUAGGGUAUCUCAUCAGAUAUUUUAUUACUAUAUCAACUGUAAUGAUUGUGAGAUUUUAGUUCAAGUUUUUAAAGUGGCGAAUCUCUUAGGCAUACCCACUCUUUUUUACAUUUAGUAUUACUGAAUUGACCAUUGUAGUCAUUUGAGCUCUGACAUUUUCCGGAAAAAUUUUCUGUUUAUAAAAAUAUACAGGGCACUCUGUCUUAAAUAAAUUAUAUAAGUGCCCAUAACAUGAACUACACACUUUCCCUUUCUUCACACUCUGCUGUUAGACUCCUGCUAUGGACACCCAUGCUUCUGAUACAGCAACUCCCAGUCCCCCACCAGUACAACCAAGUGAAGAAAUGGGCACUAAUACCACCCCAGAGAAAAGUGGCACAGAAUCCCCUGGCACACCAAGCACAGCAGGAUCAGGUGAGAAUUUUGCACAAACAUUCGAGUUGAGCUUUCAGUGUGGUGAUUUUUUAUUGUGCCCUCAUCAUUUCUAUUUAGGGGAAUUUGUCAGCCCUUGCUGCAGUGCUAAACUUUGUUUUUGGAUAAGAAUAAUGUAUUAUUUUCAAAAUAUAAGACACUAAGUGUGAUUGAGAAAAAAGUACAUAUAAUGGAAUCAUCAGCUGUGGUAAGAAGCAAUUAACUUUUGGCUAUGUAUAAUAGGGCUGGCUUUGCAUCAAUUAUUGCUAAAUAAAGUGAAAUGGUUUGUCUGAUAAAGCCUACAGUUUAUUUUGCAAAAUUUGAUAAAAUAUGGAUUUAAUGUUGGCAUUUGAGAGCAAAAAAAUCAAUUGAACCAAUUAAAAAAUAAAGUUGCAAAAUAUAGUAUAAGUAAUAUUAUCUCUACUACAAACCGGUAAUGGUGACUCUCAAAUUACAACAUGUGACUCAAUGCAUCAGAAGGAAGUCUGCAUUAUUUAUUUAUUUUUCCUGUUGAAAAUACAUUUUGGGGAAAACUAAAAUAAUCGUGGAUGAUUACAAAAGUUAUUUAAACAACUCCAAGCAGGCUAAGCUUUAGAGAUGUUAAUGAGAUCAUGAUGAAAGCUUAAAAGGAAUUUCUUCUUUGCUUUGCAGAGACUUAUGGAGGUUAUCACAUGAACAUUUGCAUUAAUAUUUGUUGUCUUUUCGCACUUUUUAUUGUGGAUUUCUAUUUUUUCCAAACCUUUCUCAGCAGAACUGUAAGUUAAUAGCAGACAUUAUCUUAUCUGUUGGGAAAUCUUAUGGCGGUUCAAUUCCCAGCUGCCCCUAUGCUUGCCAAUGAAUAUCUUUUUAUUAAAAUGUCUGGUUAAUUUUUAGUAUGCCAGGAAAAAAAUAUACUCAUCUGCAAAAAAUAUAAUCAUCCAUUGUAAACUAAGAACAUUUAGCUUGAUAAAGUAUUAGCUAUGAUUUUAAUUCUUUUUGUCAGAUACAAUUGCAAGCCUAGUCUGCUUAAACCAUAGGAAUUCCUUUUAAUGUUUCCUCAAUCCUAUAAUGUCAGUUAUUAGUUUCAAAAUUUGUUUCAUCCGCAGUGUUGUACCAUUUAUUUCACCCAUUAUAUUUUCAGCUGUACUGUAUAUUUUCAGUUUGGUUGUCUCAUAGAAUUAUUUGGUAUAAAAAUUUCCCUAUGGAUUUGUGCUUUGAAGUGUAUUCGAAUCGUAAAUGGUGUCUUCAUGUUGAGCAAUAUUCUGUAGCGCUUAAUGCGCUUUUACACAUCGCUCAUCCAAAUUAAAUGUAUUCUUGAUACCUACAAAAUCAGUAAAUCUUAACUCUAAGCUCCAAAGAACCAUUAUUGGGGUUCUUAAAAAAAAUGUCCUUCAGAAAUAAUAAGAAGCUUACAGGCAUUUUGAUUAUGAAUUUGCUUAUUUUUAUAUUCCGUUUUUUUUUCCUCUAAAAUAUUUUUUGUAACCUUUCGUGCUAUGUGUUAUGUGACUUGAAUUUUGUAAGCUUUUUUUUUUUUUGUUGUUUUCUUUCCUAUUUCUAAGACAAUUAUCACAUUCUAAAUACCAGAAAAACCAUCUGGUACACACAUUUCAAUGAUCUUUGCACAAAUUGACCCCUAUUAGGGAGUUGUGUUUAACUCUUUUGCUGUAAAGACAAAAACUUUGAGACAUUUUGUUAUCUAUUUUUAAAAUUAGCAUUAGUGGAAAGUCUUUAAAAGAGGUACUAAAAUAAAAUUUCUUAAAUUUACAAGACCCACUUCUAACUCUCAUAGGGUGAAUUAUGAAGCAUUAAGCGCAAAACAGAAUAUUGUAUAGAAGAUACCUUUUAUGUGUGUAGCAGUAAAAGUGUUCACACCGUUGUUGUAACAGAAAAAAAAUAGCUACGCAUAUUUUGUUUUGCGAUCUUUUCAACCUCACAUCAAAAGAUAUUCCAAGUCAUGACUAUGUUAUUUUAUUUGGGCAAGGAAGACUCAAGAGGUCUCACAUGAAGUAAGUUGGUGGUGGGUUUGCUUUAUUUAAUUUGUGUGUGCUUUUGUGAAAUACAACUAGAUUAAAAAAAAAAAAAAAAUACUCUUUUGCAUGCCAAAUUUUUUUUGUUGAUUAAUAGGUUGUAAAAUAUAUGUAAUAUAUGUCCACCUCCCUUUUUUUUUUCCAACAAAAUUUUUAAUUGUCUAUACUAUUUUAUAAAUUAACUAGCAUUGAGUGUUUUAGUGAUAUGUGUAGUAAUAAUAGAGAAUAUUGAAUUUAAAAUUCUUGCGUCAGGUUUAAUAAAAAAUUAUGAAUGUUGUUAAUGCUUGCUAAAAAUAUCCAUUGAAACCUCUUCCUCACAAACCUUUAGUGUCAGUUACUAAAUACCCCCAGGCCAACUUCUGUUUUAGUGUCUCUAACAAAGUAUGUCAUGCAGCAAAGGAGUUUCUCAUAACUCGCUCCAUUUUUCUUUUUUUUUUGGUGCAAUAACAUUGGUUUUGAUUAUUUAGCUGUGUGGAAUGCAUUUAGUUGUGAAUUUUUAAAGUACUAUUUCACGUAGACUUCGUUGAAGUAUUUAGGAAUGCCUUAGAAAGAAUUUUUUUAAUUUACCAUUUUUUAUGAAAUUUAUCUUUGCAUGUCUUUGGUUUUAAUGUAAAAUUUUUGGCCCAAAAAGAGUACUGUUAAAUAUUUUAGGAGUGACUUUUUAUUUAAUUGAGAAAGAAUUAAAAAUUCUAGCGCUGAUUUAAAAAUGAAACUAGUCCAAUAAUUUCCAAUGCUCAUUGGCACCUACAAACAAAUACAUUUUUCAAGCAACAGUUUUUUAAAUGCCUUUCUUUUUAAAUUAAAAAGCUUACAAAUUCUUACAAAUGUUUUUCGAGAACUAAAGCCAGUAACGCUCUUGUAUUUAAUAGCAUUUUUUGCCUAUAUUCCCAAUAGCAAAGGAAAGCAAAGCAGACUCGACCAGCUCAAAUGGGAUAUUACAAAAGGAGUUGGAAGACGAAAAGACAGCAAGUCAACCAGAAAAAGUACCAGAAAAAGGAAAGAUGAAAACAUAAACUUAGCCACCUUAGAAGUUUUGAAGCUGAUGUAAUCAGAUAUAGUGAUUGCCUGUUUGCAUGGAGUCACUUAUCAAUGUAACAGACGCAUACAUCCCUUGUUUCAUCAAAUUUGUAAUGCAUCAUCCAUUUUCUUGACCUGUAAUAUACACUUAAAGUCAACCUGAAUCUAAAUUUCACAAAUUUUCUAUGAUCCUGAGUAUUGGCCGUCAGUUAUGAAUAGUACACUAAUUACCAUACAAAAAUAUUCUGUGGUUGGUAAUGUGUUGUAGAUUCAUUGUAUUGCACUUCAGUAUUUACUAGAUUUGUGUGACCUGUUAUCAGUUGCCAGAUACUUUGAAAAAGCUCAAACAUUCACAAAAAUAUUUUUAAAAAUUUUAUCAAAUGAAAUCACGUUAAAUAAAAUAUUUGGGUUGUUGCAAAAUUUUAAAAUCAAUUGGUAUACAAGCUAAAGCAAUUUAAGGGAGUGGACAGCUUACUGAAAUCACAAAUUAAUUGUUAAUAGAUUAUAAUUGAACUUCUAAAUAAAAAAAAUAAUUAUUAGUCAUUUCUUAGCUCAAAUUGUUGUGCUUCUCCUUUAUAAGGUUGAAAUCUUGGAAUGUAUAAGAUAAAAAGAGGAGGUUAAAAUUAGGAGCAAGAUAAUAGCUGUGCUAAUCUUUAAAAUAGCCUGGCUAAAAAUUAACUGCAAUUUUGCUAAGUGGGUAAAUGUUGUACAGUCCUUACAUUUUAUUUUUAUUUCUCCAAUAUUAAUUUUUUUCCAUUUAUUCAGUAGCCACAGUCUAUGUGCAUGUAAGUCAUUCAGUAAAAUGUCUUAAUAUACAUGCAAAAAACUUGACAGAAAUCCAUUUUAUACCCAGUAGAGUAUGUAAAUCUACAUGUAAAUCUUUUUGAAAUGUUUAGUGUAAGUUGAUCAUUUAGUUAGCUAAUUUUAGUCAUUUGCCAUCAAUGGAGAGCCCCAAAAUUCUCCCUCUGAGGUACACAUGGCUCAGCUGAUACAUAUUUUUCUUAAUACGAGGGCUCAGAUCAAAGGGGUUUUUAAGACUAGAGGAACCGCUGACGCAUGAUGUAAAUCUUAAUUUAAUUUUUAAUUUCUUCAUUGAAUUAACCUUGUGCUAAAUGUUGCACAUUUAUUUACUAAGUUCUGCAUUUCUCUUUUUAAUUAAAAUAUCAUUGUUUAUUCUUUCCAUUUAAGGAAAAGUUGUUUUUUUUAGGAGUUCUGAGACUUAGUCAAACAAUUGUAGGGUUUUCAGGUUGGGAAACCCUGGUUUAAUAUGUUUGAUAAAAUAGUGGUGGUUAUUGACAUUAUACUGUCUACAGUAAAAUAGCUUGAAGAAACACUUGAUUAUAAAAUUAUACAAGUUACUGAUGAGGAGGUAAAAGCAAAUUUUUCAUUUCUGCUAUCCCAUUUGUGGACCCCCAAAUAACCUUCAAUACACUGUAAUUCAUGUGGACAUCCUUGUAAUCACCUAGGUCGUUGAAUCAUUACAAUAUUUUGUUAUCUGUUUUCAUAAGUGUGAGAAAUCCAGUUUUGAUAUACCGGUACGUUUUGCAGUUGUUAUUCCUAGAAUCUUUAUUUGUCAUUUGAAUGUGGAGCAAAUAAUGAAGAAAUAAUUUUUUUAAAUUGGAAAUGGUAAAAUAAAUUUUAACUUUAUUGGGCCAAAAACAUUAAUAUCAUAAUCAAGACAUUUUCUCUUAUGUUUUCAUUUUUGGAAGCAAAUUUCUUAAAUCUAAUAUAAUUCUAAUUUCAUACCUUGAAUUACCAAGCUCUUUAAAAUGAUAAGCAGGUACAUUUCAGCCCAAAGAUGUUGAGAACAAUAACUAAUUCAACAAAGAAAGGUUUUUAAAAUGCUUCAUGUAACAUAAAAAUUUACAUAUAAUUGAAUCAUUCUGUUCAAUACAUAUAAUUCUCUAAGUAUGAGAGAAAGUAUUGUGCAAUGGUGUGUUCAAAAGCGGACAAAAUAACAUUCCCCAUAAAUGCGCUAAAUGAGAUUCUUAACUCUUUCGCUGCGGAAUUUUUUGAUUAAAAAGUACAUUUUUUUCGAAGAGCGAAAAAGAGUGAGAGGUUGGGUUAAUUUAUAAAAUAUUAAAAAUAUUAUUCUUUGGUUUAUCAGACUAAACUUGGUAUCAAAUGAAAGAUAAUUGAAGAGACUAUGUUUUUUAACUUAUUUCUUCAGUUUAAAUAAAAUAAGUUACAGAAAAGAACUAUAAAAUGUGAUAACCAUUUUUCCCCAAACCCUAUAUGUACGCAUACCUCAUCUUCACUUCUAUAACUCAUAUCCUCUAAAACUACUACUAUCGAAAUCAUGCGAUGGAUCUAAAUAUAAAUUAUCUUCACUAUCAAAAGAAAUGGUAUAAAACAAUUCCAAAGUUUUUUGAGCUGUUAAUUUAUCUAGGAAACCUACUGACAUACUAGGGCCAAGAGUAGCCAUAGCAACAGUAAAGAAAAAAAAGCUAAGAAAAUCAUUAAAAUAAUGCUUCAAAUGACAUCAAAUAAACCUUGUUUUCGCAAAUAAAUAAUGAAGUACCACGCUCAUAUGUAAAAGUCCUGUUUAAAAAGAGCUCUUAAAAAUUUUAACAGAGAAAUAGUAAAGAAACAGACAUGAUAUUGAAACAACGCACAGCCAAUGGUCCGUGCUUUUGAGAAAGGCAGAUGAACACAGUGUGGUUGUUCCGCAUCGAAAGAGGUAAAAAUAAUGCAAGUGCACUUGGUGCGAAACAUUUUUGUUUUACAGAAAUAGUUUCAAUUUAAAUCUGGUGCUAUAAAUCUGCAGUGUAAAAGGGGGUGGGACAUUAAAAUAUUAAUAAACUAUUCAUACAAAUGAGGGACAUGAAAAGAAGACACUUAUUAAGAGUCUUAUAAAUUGUGUUAUUUGAAUGGAUGGUUUGUCAAGUAACUUAAGUAGAUGAGGAGUUCACCCAUUGCGGCCAUCAUUGUUUGACGGGCUAUACUAGAAACUAGUAUUUACAUUAUACCACAAGUUCAAUUUAAAAAGUUUAUUUUUAACUCAUCAAGAGUUUUCAUUUAGACUUCGCUUCUAUAACAAUACAUCACCUUUUUUAUACAACUUUUGAGUUCAUUUAUGUUAUUUUUGUGUUCAUUAUAACAAUUACUUGUAUCUUUUAUGUUUGAUUUGUGCAUACAUGAAAACACUCUUCAUGGUGUUGUUGUUUUCUUGAAUUUAAUGCAUUCCAAUGUCUUAAUACAUAUAGUGAUGAAAAAAGUUGUUUCUGUUUUAAUUCACUGUGAAUUCUUCAACAUACCAUACAUACUGUAUCACUUUAUGAAGCUUCCAUCUUGUAUGGAUACUGAAAAUAGCACAGACAAUACCUCCAAUGAAUAAUAGUAAUAGGUUAAUCCUUUCAAUUAACAAAAGGCUCAUAAAAAAGUUUUUAAACCUACACAUUUUACAUAAAUUAUUGCAGAAUAAUUUUUAAAAUGUAGGAAAUGAAAUGUAUUGUGAGGUGUUUUUAAAUUUUUUUCUAUAGGCUCUUGGAGAAACUUUUAAUGAAAAAAGCAUAGAGUGGAGUCUAAAAAAAAAGUAAUCAUUGAUUAAUAUGUAACCUUUAUAUAUAUAUAUAUAUAUAUAUUGUGAAUGUUAAUAAACUUGAAUGUGUUCAUCCAAAGUCUCCGAUUUAUUGCUUUAUUGAACUCUCUUCCAUUUUAUUCUUUAAACAAUCUCAAAGAUUUUCAUUAAAAAAAUGCCUGUGUAUAUUCAUGAUACAUAUGAUCAGUGAUCUUUGUUUGGCAGAAUUUUAAGUUAUCUGAAUAAUUAAAAAAACAAAUUGAGUUCCGGUACCUUUUAUACUUACAAAACAACACUACUUAUGAGUGAGAGUUGGGUGUUCGCCAUAAAUGAUAUCAUGUAUCGGGGGGGGGGGGGGGGGGGGNUUACAUUUCCGAUGAAAUGGGGGGGGGGGGGGGGGUGUCCAGAAACAGCCAGAAUACAGAAUAGUGUGACAACAACCAAGGCUGCUUGGUGAAAAAUGACCAACUUAUUAUAUGCUAUGUACAUAUAGAUAGGAUUAAAUUUAAAUUACAAUAGCCUUUGUUUAACUUACUUUAUUUUGGUGAGUUUUUUUAAAACAAUAAAUGAAGUACAUUCCGGCAUGACCAAAACAACUACACAAAAUACCUAAACACUUGCCUCAAUUCUCUUAAAGUCAAAGGGUAGUUAGCUAAUUUUACAUUAAAAACUCAUCUGCAUAAUAAAUCUUUAAAAAUUCUGAAUCUUUCUGAUAACAGUGUAAGUGGCUAUAAGGAAAAAUUUUAAAAAAUGUAUGCUAUUGCAAUAAUAUAUAAGGGCAAUUUUAAACCUGUGAUUGUAAUACAGACUUAAGCUCGUCAGUCUUAGAAUCCUGAGAUAUAAUAAUUAUUUUAACAAAUUAUGUAAAUGUUUAAUUUUUUUUUUUUUUUAAACUUACUGUACCCACCUUCUUAGACAACCUACCAAAAACUGUGGAAAUAAAUGUUUUUAAACUGAUAAAGAUUAUUAGAAAGCCUUGUUUUGUUCGUAGCAGUGGCAUCAUGCACAAAAUUUGUCCUUCAUAUUUAUAAAAUAGGUAGUUUCUAUAUCUUGAGAUUACAACUACAAUGCUAAUUCUUUAAAUUUUAAUACCAUAUUUUGGUUCUAUUAUUUAAUCUAAGCCCUAAAGAAACAGCAAAAAUGGCUUCUGCCUCACCACAUUGUCAUCCAGCACUUUGAGAAAUAUUAUCAUCAGGAUCCCAAAAUGCUUUUUUAAAACUUAUUACUAGCAUUACUACCCUUGAGACAUUAGUUAAUGAGACAAAUAAAGCAGUAUAACAAAAAUUAAUAAAACUUAUAAAUGUAGUAAUGUAUAAGUUUAAGGCACUCGUAAUACUAAAACCUAUAUUUAUCAGAUUUUGCUGAAAUAAAUUAAACCAAAUUUUGCUGAGGCAUACUUUCAUUGAUAUACCAUACUACAUUUUUCAAUUUUAAUAAAGUAAAAGGCCUUAGUUUUAUGUUCUUUAAUUCAGUUGCUCUUAAACUUAAGCAUAUUGAUCUUGACAGAUCUGUCAAAAUAUUUUACAUUUUUUCGACCGUCUUAAUUUUUUUAACCAUUUUUUUGACUUUUGAAAAGAGAUUUAUGGACAGAUUCUGGUCAUUUUGACUGGUGUCUUCUGGACUGAUUAUGGUCCCCAGACCACAUCUUUGACUUGAGUUUUCUGGACUAAAUCUGGUCUUCAGACCACCACUUUAACUGGGGUCUUCUGGACUGAUUCUGAUCCUAAAACCACCAUUCUGCGCUGCACUGCUCUCUAAAUAUUCUGUUUGUUUUUUUUCCACAAAAACUGGCACACUCCCCUCUCUCUGACUAUGCCACUGUGAUUUCCGUCCAUAUGUUUCUAUAUGUAAUGUUUUUAUUCCAAAUUGUUUAACAAUUUCUUUUCCUCUUCUCCUAAACAUCUGUUACCUUAAAAUCUAUACAGAAAGGGAGUUAAAUGGUGAGAAAGACAUGUGGCAACAAAAAUCAAAGGCAGGAAAAACAAAGAAGUUAAAGACCUCAGAAGGUGUGUACAGCUUUUAUAACUAGUUCUGUCUUAGGAUAAAUUGAACCAGUCAAUUCAUAAAAUUAAUUUAUUAAUAUAUGAAUAAUUUUUUAGCUGUAUAUUGAGCCAUUCAAAUAAUAACCAAGGGUUACCAUUUGUAAAAGAUACCGGUAGAAGAUUUAAGUUUUAAAUGUACUUCAGUCAACACUUAUAAUUUAAUGACCAGUUUCAUGAAUUUGCCACUAUUUACUGGUCUUGCUAAAUUUUACUUUGUCCUAAAUAGUACAGUAAUUUUUUUUAUAUUGUUCUUUUUUACUUAAUUAAACAUACCUGUAAGACCACUUGAAAGCUAUUUACAAAAAAAAAACAAUUCCUAACACUUCUGAUAUAUUGCCAUGGUUUGCCAAACACUUCACCACUUCUUUCAUAUUUAAAUACCCUGAGUUUGUCUGGCUGCUCAUGAAAAGUUCUUUCUUUCCUCUGACUAAUGCUGUCAAAUUUCAUAUGGUACUCUACUUAAAAUAAUCUUUUUUUGCCAUAUCACCAAAGGCUGCUAGUAUGAUUAUUGCAGCUAGAAAGCUGAUUGAUUUGCUCAAUAUAAUUUUUAUCCCUUGGUCUUUUUGUGAAGGUAUUUAGCUUUACUGCAAACUAUUCCAAAUUAUAUUUUUUACUGGUCACAAGUUGGUUGUAAUAUGCUAUUACCAGAUUUGAGCCUUGAAUGGAUAGCUUAAGCAGUGAUCAAGAAGUUAGACAUGAGAUAAACAUAAAACUUCUGAUAUUACUGAUAAGUUUUAUGUAUAUCAAGAUCAGUUGAGUUAUAACACUUUAAAAAAAUACUGUCUAAUCAUUGGUCACAUGCAUUCUCUAUAAGAAGCUAGUUCAUAACGGUCUACAACAGCUACAUAAUUAAAUAAAUCGUAAAAUAGUGGAACAAGAUAUGUUUUGGCUUGAAAACAAGACAGGAUAAUUUUUUCAAGCCUAAAAAUGUCUAUUUACUUCACAUGGCUUGAACGCAAACACCGCGCCCCCCCCCCCCGCUUAUAUGUUAUCAUUUAUACAUAGAUAAAUAUAAAUAAAGGUCAUCAAUGCAGCCUCUGAUAGGUGGCUUAAAAUAUUUUUUCAAUCACUUAAAUCAAUAUUGGCAAUAUUUGUCAGUCUUUAAGUUUAAGAAAAAGAAACAUAAUAAGAAUUUUUCUGCUUUUGUCACGUAUUUGUUUAUGCCUAGUGUCAAACAUUUUAUAAUCAGUUAAAUUAGCUUCAUGUAUUUUUUAUGGAACUCACUGCAAAGGAUUUUGAUAACCAUCUUGUCUCAUACAUUUCUCACCUUAUCUUCAGCUCUGCUGAUUAUCUAUUGGAAUUCAAGUUAUGGCUAAUUUAUGCUGUUUUAUUUCUACUUUGACUUUUUUUUCAUUGAUCAUCUCAGCUUCUCCAAACAAGAAAGAAAAAAUAGACAAAGGGGAUAAGAACUCUCGCAAAUUUCUGUGUGAUGUAUGCAACAAAGCAUUCAAGCAGCGCCAUCACUUAACUGAACACAAACGUCUGCACAGUGGAGAAAAACCCUUCCGGUGUACAUACUGUGACAAGCGUUUCUCUCACUCUGGGUCAUACAGCCAACAUAUGAAAUAUAGAUGCAAGGUCAUUGAAGCUCUUACCCCAAAAGAAGAUGAAGAAGGUAUGGGUGAUCAGAGUUCUUAGAGACUUUGUUUUUAAAAAAAUUUAAAUUUAAUAUGUCUUGUGAGCAAAUACAAUUGUAGAACAUUUUAGUUAUUUUUAUGACUAUUUGUUCAUUCAAAAAGUUGAUCAAAAUGAUAACGAUUGGAACAAGUUGAGUUUAAUCAUUUUCCAUGUUUUUGUGCGUUUCCAUUUAUUAUAUUAACUUUGGAUUCAAAUGAAACUGCCUGUCUUUUUUUAAGUUUAUUUGCAUUGAAAAAUUGUAAUAUACUAACAUUACCAGAAUUUAAAAUCUCAUGGGCUGGAAAUAAUAGUUUUUGAGUUUAGGUGUCAAUUAUUGAAGUGGUUAUUAUAUAGAGUCAAAAUUAUUGUACCGAUAAAAAAAAAAAGCACAUCAAAAAUUUGUCUAUCAAAUGUAUUUAUUAAUUUGAUACAUAUCAGAAAAAUCUUUAAAAUUUAAAAGAAGAAAUAAAAAAAAUUUUGUGUUUAAAAAUGCACAGUUGAGUAAUAAUUUGAUUAAUCACUUGCCAUACUUUCAGAUGAAAUAAAAUGAAAGUAAUGCAAGUUUGAG